AUGAAGAAUAAGGAGCAAGUUGAAAAGUCCAUAGAGGCGGGGGAGAAGAAAGAAAAGGGCAUUGUCGGUGCACUAACUAAGGCUCAAAAGGAGAAAGAAACAGUGAGACCGUAUGAGCCAAGAAUCCCAUUCCCUCAAAGACUUAAGGAACAUAACAAGGAAAAGCAAUACUCCAAAUUCUUGGAGGUGUUUAGGAAGCUUCAAAUCAACAUUCCCUUCAUAGAGGCCUUGGAGCAAAUGCUUCUCUACACUAAAUUCAUAAAGGAGUUGCUAUGCAAGAAGAAGACUUUGAGGGAAAAUGAGACAGUGGUGAUGACCAAGGAGUAUAGUACAAUUAUCCAAAGGAAUUUGCCAAAGAAGACGAAAGAUCCUGGAAAUUUCCAAAUUUCUUGCACCAUUGGAAAUACACUCUUUGAGAAAGCAUUAUGUAAUAUGGGAGCAAGCAUCAAUCUGAUGCCCUUAUUCAUCAUGAAGAAGCUACAAAUCAAAGAAGUAAAACCAACAAGGAUAGGUCUACAAAUGGCAGAUAAAUCAACGAAGUAUGCACAUGGAGUAGUUGAGAAUAUCUUGGUCAAGGUAGAAAAGUUUUUUCUCCUAGUGGAUUUUAUGAUCCUUGACAUGGAGAAGGAUGAGAAUGCAUCUAACAUUCUAGGAAGACCAUUCCUAGCCAUUAGAAGAGUCCUCAUUGAUGUAGAAAAAGGACAUGGGUUUUGUCCUGCUUGCAUCACUGAUGAGACACCUGCACCUGGUAGGGAUGUUGGUUUUGUCCUGUUUGCUCAGUGCUGCGGUGGAGAUAUAUAA